AUGGACGAAGAACAAGCCAGGUUUGACGACCUUCUUUCAAAAGAAAAUAGGGAAGACGCAGCAAAGGCGAACAUCUGCGCACAAGUUGGAAGUUCGGGCGAUUUGGAUCUGGUCGAUGAACAUUUGAUGCUCCAUGAACAGACACUUGCCAUAGGUUUCGUUGGAAAACCUCUCGAAAUUCCAUGGCUUCGAAAACUGCACACAGACGGCGGGAACGACAAAAAUGACGGCUGGUACGGACCCCCAGGGCAAGAUGGGAAGUCGGCUGCUGAGCGACUGGUCGCGCUGAGACAUUAUCAAAGGGCGAAUCUGGUGCCUUUGAUGCAUACAAGCAAGGCCAACUACUACCUGAACGGGCAGCCUUUGGAGAUAGAAUUCAGGGCUGACUCAAUGGGAAUGCCUUCGUUCCCAGACCGCCGAGAGACUUGUCAAGGCAUUCGUGGAGAGUUGUCAUCAUUCAUUUCCAUUUCCUGCGAAGAAAGUCCUCGUGGGGAAAUUUUAUCGCUAACCCUUCGUAAUUGGAGUAUGGUAGACAAUACCAUGCAAACCAUUGCCGUUUUACUUCUGGAAACGCUUUUGAGGGGCAGGCAUUUUCCCGAAGACCGGCAGGAAAUCGUGCCACUGCUCAAGGAGCUCAUACGAUGGCUGCGAGCGACUGGAGUGUCUAAUGAUGUUGCAAGGCGCGCAUACUUGAUCGCCUUCGACUUACUUAAGAAGAUGAUCGCUACUACGAACCUUGACAUUUUUGAUCCUUUGCAGGAGGAUGGACGUCUCCAUGUCAAGGAAAGUGCGCAAGACGGCUUUGCUCUGCCUUCUGGAUUUCCUGGAGUAUUCCUUUCUUGUUUUAAUGAGCAGAAUCCGCUGUCAGGCUUUGGGACAGAAGACACAGUGCAGUUGCAAGUGCCUGAGGAAAGGGACGAGGAACAGGAGGGGCAGCAGACGCUUCCCUAUUACAGGUACAAUGUGGUCAUUACAAGGCAGCUCUGGACGAUGCAUCGCGGGAAUCUCAUGGAAAUUCAAGGUCUACCUAUAUCCUUUGGGCAAUUUGCACAAGGAAGAGGAUACAAGGAUGGACUGGAAAGCAUGUCUAGCGCUGUGGCUGUUGAGGGUGUGGAAAAUGAUGAUGGCGAUGCACAGGUGUCUGGCGUCUCUCUUCACUGGGUUGGACGGAGCAAGCUCCGCUGGCUGUAUUCACGCAUCCGCCGAACUCAAACCUCACCGGAACGGCUCAUCCGGCCGACCAGCCUUCCAUGUACAGCAGGCAUGAACACUGAGCGGCGUGAGAAGUCAGACAAUGCCGCAGCGGCCGCGCCGCGCAAACGCGCACUCAGGGUGUAUGGAAGUGUAGAGACGUUGAGCCUGCGAUACAGAGCCCUCGAGUCAUUGGUCAAGGGCCUCUUCCCGCAGGAAAAUACACAGAAUGUGCAUGUCCUAUUCAAGAUUGCGGCGGCGAGGCACAUUCAGAUGCCUGCACCGGACGAUUACACACCAGCAGAUAUAUUCAGUAAUGGCGAAAAUCAACAACCACAAGCGCCAUUGCAGGAUGACCAACACUCACGUCCAAGCACGAGUUCAAAAGGAGUCCAACCGCAGAAUUCGGCCUCACACAGUGCCAGGGAGGCUGUGCAUCAUGUCAACACUUCAACUGCAUUAUUUUCAAGAGGCCCUCACACUAGGUCCUCUUCUGAAUCCCAAAAACCAACGCGAUAUACAGAGGACCUGCUACCAACUCGAGAUGGUGUCUACCACUAUUUUGGACCAUCGAGUAGUUUUCGCCUUGCUACGACUAUCCGAAUGCUGGUUGUCCGCUACAGAGUCAUCACUGGUGUAUCCCUACCUCAAUUUCCAGCAUCAUUUCCGGCCCAAUUCGACCCACAAUGCGGACCAGAACGUUUAACCCAUCGUAGCAACAUAAUUCCAUCAGACGAAAAGUAUCUAUGCACUCUCCGGGACGAGUCCAACCAAGACCGCAGUGGCCGUAAGCGCUCACGUACCCAGAUGGAACAGACAGGCCAUCAAUGGGAACAUCGAGAGGGCAGUCCAAACCCUGACAUUAUCGGUGAUUUGCUACCCUCUCGCUCCCUCGCAGAUGCACUGGUGGGUGCCUACUUUGACCACAUACACGUCUAUCUCCCCUUAUUCCACCGGAGCAUGUUUCAAUUCCGCCUCGAAGCCACCUACUCACGGAAAACUGAGCGGCUCAAGGACUGUGCGGACAUUGGAUGGCUAGUAGCACUAGCACUGGUGUUUUCUUUUGGAUGCGAGCAAUUACAGGAACAUGAUCCAGAGCAAGCCUAUAAGCUGAGGCUAAAGUAUGUGGGCUUUGCCAAGGGCUACCUUCGACAGCUGUUAUUGAAUACGUCCCUGGUCAACGUGCAGGCACUCGUGUUGCUGAACAUGCAUUACCAUACCAUGGGCCAGAAGAGCAGUAGUUGGUUGCUUAUUGGACUUGCUGCUCGGAUGGCUAUUACUAUGGGACUGCAUCGAGAUGGCCCGAACCUGGAUUAUGACUCAAUUGAACGAAAUACACGUCGCCAAGUCUUCUGGUCGAUAUAUACAUUUGAGAAGAUCAUGUGUAGCAUCAUGGGCCGCCCAACGGUCAUCGACGACAGCGAACUAGCAAUGCAAGUCCCCGAUGCACCCAUGUUGGAGCAAAAUACCAUGUCUGCCGAGUUCAUGACCACGAUGUUCAGACUGAUCCGAAUGUCCUACAGCAUUCGGCAGCGAGCGUAUUUCGACGGCGUGUCAGCCGAAGAACGCUCACCAUCGCUGGGUGUGGCUGAACGACUUCUCCACGAAUGCGACGCCGUUUUUGCAUCCAUACCCACGCCCUUGACGCUGGCAUUUGGACCAGGACCACCUGAUCAGCGAGCCCGAAUCUUGCUGCUACACAUCUACUACUUCUACACGCGCUGCAUCGUCUCCCGCGGCUUUCUCAUCCAAAAGGUCGAACGAAAUAUAUGCUAUCUCGAGUCCAGAGCUCCCCCGCCCAUCGAAGAAUGGCAACGUACUCUUAUGAUGAGUGAAGAUUGCGUGGAUUCUGCACAUCAAAGUCUCAACUGCAUCAUGGCCGGUGCACACCUUGGGAUGAUGGGCUACUCGUGGCUGGACCUCUUCUUCGUCUUCUAUUCCGUCUUGAUUGUAUGUGCGGACUUUCUCGCACGGCCUAAACAACAAUUUGAUUCUGCAAAAGAUGCAGAGCGCAAGGAGACGGUACGCGCGGUGCUUGGUUACGUCAAAGGAAUGAGGAAGCCAGCCCCGACAUAUAAGAUCCUCAGCCAGAUCGCCAUUCAAUUCGCUAGCAUCACAGGUGUGACCGACGAGGACCCCGAAAUAUCACUACAAACGCCACAGCACUCAUCUCCAGUCGUGUCAGCAAUCGGCGCGGCGAUGAACGAUCCUGCAGAGAUGUCAGAUGUCCAGGAAGACUGGUUCGCAAACGCGACGACUAAUCUCGGCACCGAUUUUUUCAACUUGCCUCCGGCGACGAGAUCUGUGCCAUCGUCAGCAAUGGGGAGUCGGCCUGCGAGCAGUGGACAGCCGUAUGUGUACUUUGAGACGCAUCCCAUGGCGGGCGAGGUGGACGAUUGGACGGCAAAGGCAUUGCGAGGAAUGCAUGCUACUAAGGUCCUACCGCGCUGA